CUGUGGAGGGGAACUGCCAUGCGCGGUCGCCAUGUUAUCGCGCUCUCCUCCCCCUUUUUGGGGACAGGCUGAUAGCACUAGCACAGGCUACAUUACAAGGAGGCAGCUGGUGAAUAGGAGCGGAGUGGGAGAGAGACUAACACAGGACUAAAACAAAAGAAAGCACGGGAUGGAAUAAAGCAGGACAGCGCUGAGUCGCUCGGGUUCUCUCUGUCAUCUGACGCCGGAUGAACGACUUUGCUUCGUGUGAUUUCGUGCUCUGGUGACUGCGAUACAACAAUUGAAAAUGCGCCUGGCAGUUUGAACUGUGAUGGGGAGAGACUGUGUCGUUGUAAGGGUGUGUAUCGAUCGUCCCGGCCGUCUGUGUCGACUCCUUCACGUUUAAACUUGUGUGCUGAAUGAUUUUGCGAGGAUAUACGCUUGAAAACAACAGGUGAAGCGAAUCCGUGUCAGCUAGCUCGCUAGCGGGUGUUAACUAGCAUUGACGUUAGCCUGCUCCUCAUGGUGGACAUUUAAAUACAUCUCAAGUGGAAUCAUCGUGGCAGGAAAGUGUUGGUUUUAUGUGGAAAUUACUCGAGCGGCUUCAAGUUGCUUCCCAAAAAGAGCUUGUUCUCUUGAGCUGUGUUUAUAACUUUGCUGGAGACCAUCCUAUUGAAAUGAAUCACCACGGGGACUCCGGCAGCGCCCGAAAAAUGGUUUACCCCAUGAGUUUACCCAAACGGGAGAGCAGCUGCAGCUCGGUGGGCGGUUCCUCCACAUUGACAACUUCUGGAAGCACCAGCCUUAAUAGCAACAACUUGAUGUUGGGGGAUGAUUAUUCGUCACCCGUGCUGAUUCAGUCUCAAACGCCGGCUGCGUCCUCGCUCGGGCCCCAGAACCCUCCCCAGAGCCUGAAUAUCCCCGUGCAGGCCACCCUGUUACCCCAGACUCAGCCCACCACAGUGGCUCAAAUGAAAAAGAAGAGCGGCUUUCAGAUCACCAGCGUUACUCCCGCUCAGACAUCCGUCAGCACCAACAACAGCAUCACAGAGGACACUGAGAGCUGUGACGACUUGGACGAGUCCCACACCGAAGACCUGUCGUCCUCCGAGAUCAUGGAUGUUCCACUUUCGCGGGCCAACAAUGCGAGGGGACCAGAAAGGAGCUCCUCGGAGGAGACGCUGAAUAACUUCCAUGAGGCGGAGACCCCGGGGGCCGUGUCGCCCAACCAGCCUCCCAUUCUCACCCAAGCACACAUGCAUGGCUCUAUGGUUAACGGGACUGUUCACCAUCAUCACCAUAAUCCUGCUUCCUCUGGAAAAGCCCAUCCUGCUGGUGGGACGCAGAUUGGGAUACCUUUGGGUGCCACGGUCACGUCUGCGGUGACAUCAAGUUCUGGAGCUUUAGCUAGCACAGGCCAGAAAAUGCCUUCAAAUGUGGUAGGAUUGAUUGAGAGCGCCUCUGUUGGUUCUAUCGUCGGUCAGCCUUUGGCUUCUGUCGCCUCGGGAACCGGAAUGAUCUCUGUGACUUCAGGUGCCACAGUUAGUACUGGUAAUCCUAUAACAAAUAAUGUUUCUAUGUUAAAUUCUGCCAGUGUGCCUGCUGUGGGUGGCAAGAGUACCAAUAGUAGCAAUGUAAACUACUCCCCUGCUUUGAAUAGUAUUAGUAACCAAACUGUAAACUUGACACACAUUCCCAGUGGAAUAAUUGGCAUGGGCAUCACCGCUGCUACCACCGUUUCUGGUGGUGUUGCUCCAGCAGGUGGAGGGCAGGUGGGUCCAGCUGUCAUGGGCCAGCACACAAUGCCUGCUCCCUCGGUCCCGCCGAUGAACGCUCAGCCUCAGCAGGCCCAAGUGCCUACUCCUGCCUCCACCAGCUCACGUUUCAGAGUGGUCAAAUUGGACUCUACCUCUGAGCCUUUUAAGAAGGGUAGGUGGACUUGCACCGAGUAUUACGACAAAGAGCCCCCAGGCACGGCGUCCUCUGAAAACGCCCCCAGCACCCGAACAGUGGAGAGCAUCCGCCAGUUUGUGCCUGAGAGUGCUGCGUGCCCGGACCGAGAGAGUGUCAGCAGCACGGCUAGCCAUUAUACUGAAAGUCUGGGGAGUGGGGAGACGGGCGGCCCCUCGGCUGUGAAGCAGACCUUCCAGCAGCCCGCUGCUCAGAAGCACGACUACUCAUCUUCACAUAAUGUGUCUAUGUCUCAGAUGCAGCCCCAAGACUUAGUGCAUGCACACCUUAAAACUAGUGCAGUUGCUCCGAUGCCAGCAAGCAUUCAGCCGCAGCAGCCACCGGCAACUAUGGGAGGAUUGCAGACCACAAUCGGACAUUCGACUGCAGCCGUGCCCCCUCAUAUGCCCAAACUGACAUACGCCCAGGCAGCACAAUCCCCCCCUGCUCAAGCCCUGCCUGUGGUGACCCAGCAGCAGAUGGGCUACCCGCCCGCACAGCAGCCGGCUGCACCGGCACAGGUAGCGCCGGCACACAUUAACCCCUUAAGCCAUGGAGGCAGCCUGCCACAUGACUUCCCUCAUUCGAAGCAGAUCAUGAACACUGUGCCACCUGGGUCGACACAAACACUUCCCCACCUGUCUGCCUUCAUCCCUCCAGUGGCAGGGAACAGUCAGCUGAUUGCAGCUUCGCAGCAGCCCGUGGGCACUGUGCAACCCCCUGCUGCUCAAACGCUUGCGCAAGGGCUCCUGCAGCCACAACAGACACCCGCCCCGCAGCUGGUCCAGGUCGUGCCGCAGUCCACCGGCGCCGGUCUCAUACAGCAGACCCAGGGACAGCAGCUCACCCCUCAACCUUCCAUGGAGCAGCAGUCACAGCUCAGCAGUCAAGGCCGUAGUACCCAGUUUGUGACCUCAACAAACGUGCCUCCUAACCUUCAGAGUGAUCCCCAGUCCAGUUUGAUCCAGAAUGGCUCAAAGGAGCCCGGGCCGCAGCCUGCGGUGACCACCCUGUCCUCUGUGAUGCCCACACCGCAGGAGGAUGCCCAGCUCCUGUUACAGCACCCAACUCUGCUCACGCAACCCAAGCCCGCCGGUGGUGAAGUUGCCUCCCAGGUCGGCACCUCCCGUGGUCCUGAGGGAAGCGGUGGAGUCAAUGCCUUAACUGCCUCGGCCAGCCUGCUGAAGAGCUUACCUGUGGAUGGAGAAGAAGAUGGAUCUGGUUGAAGAUUGGCUGCAUCUCACUAAGAAAGAGCUUCAAUCCAAGAAGAAUGGAUCUAGUCGUUCUGGUCUCGUCUUAACAGUGUGAUCCAACACUGCUUUUGAGGUGAAACCAAGCCUAGAUCUAGUCUAGCAGCUGGUUAUGAAUGUCUGACUACUUUCGUUUAUACUUUUGCUAAUGUGCUGUCCGACACAAAUUGGGUUUCGAGUUGAUUUGUUUACAGGCUGCUCACACUCACAAGUGUAUGCAGCUUUCUCAGGGGAGCAUGAACGCACAGGAUCCUGUGACAGCCAUGCAGUAUUGAUGGAGAACUUUCCUUUGCCUUUCAUUCACCCAGCGGUGGGGCCGAGUAAUGUGAGAGUGUGUGUGAAUAAGAGAGAGUGAGCUGGACGCAUACACACGUGAUGUGGUCUGCUCUCACAUUUCCCUCACUUCUGUUUCCUCACUCUGUGUGCUACUUGUGACAUACACAAAAUCACAAUGCACAGAACUGUCCAGUACUUCCCUUUGCCAUUAAAUGAGCUCAUUUAAUGUGCUUUUACAUAAAACCGUCAGUUCCUUCCUCAUCAGUCCUUCAGAUCCAGCAGGCUCGUGAUCUAAGCCCACAGUAUUGCAAGUCAGCAUGUAGGUGCUGCUGGAUGUUUUAAUGACUGUGUAGAUGUCUGAUCGACCCCAGUGGCUGUUGUGAUGAAUCACCAUGUCCUCAGCUGUCAUGAUCUGGGAGGAGACAUUUAUUUAAUGCUUUACUGCACUUGGCAGUUCCAUGGGUUUUAGUUUUCAGCUACAUUUCUAUUUUGGCACUGUUUUUAGCAGUUGUUGAAACGUAUAUAACAUGCUGUUAAGAGUUCUUGAAUGUCCAGUGAUGUAUAAAUCCUUUAGUAUACUUUUCAUAAGCUUUUUUAACAUUUACAUUUUUGAUUCUGAUUCUGCU